AUGCUUUUCUUCCACGCCUUGGUUGUAUAUCUUGCCAUCAGAGCGGACUCAGCGCAUGCCAUCCUCCGACGCCGCUCCCAUGGGACUCACGACUACUUUGCCCUCCAUAUUCAUCCCCAAGCAUCCCCGGACGAAGUUGCUCUAAGACUGGGCCUGCAACAUGAAGGCUCAAUCGGCGAGCUCGCAAAUCACCAUGCCUUCUCCGUACCCAACGUACCCAAGGACGGCAACAGCGCCGGUAUAGCACAGCUACUGUACAUCGCGCGAGAGGCACACAAUGGUUCUGAUGCACCCUUCUGGGUAUCGAAGUUGGCACCCGCGGAUGACUCUCUGCAGAGAAGAAUUAUUCCACCACAAGAACUGCGCGCACCAGACAAAACACUCCUCGAACAACCAGAUGACGCUGCAGUGCAGGCCCAGGGCCAAGUUGUUUCACUCCUGGGCAUAAAAGACCCAUCCUUCGAGCAAUGGCAUCUAUUCAACACGGUCCAGCCUGGGAACGAUCUGAAUGUAACGGGAAUCUGGUUAGACGGCGGGUCAGGGGAGGGAGUCACAGUGGCUGUUAUCGACGACGGAAUAGACGUCGAUAGCCGAGACUUGCAGCCAAACUAUUACGCACGGGGGUCGUACGACUUCAACGAUCACAGUCCCAAGCCCCAGCCACGGUUGCUAGACGAUCACCACGGAACUCUCUGCGCGGCGGAGAUUGCGGCCGCAAAGAACCGUAUAUGCGGUGUUGGGGUUGCGUAUAACAGCCAAGUAGCUGGGAUUCGCAUGCUGUCCGGCCCAGUGGACGAUAUCGACCAGGCGGCGGCAAUCAACUAUGACUAUCAAAAUAACCACAUCUACUCCUGUUCCUGGGGCCCCAAGGACGACGGUGAAACAAUGAAAUCACCUGGCCUCCUGGUCCAGCGGGCCAUUGUAAACGGGGUGCAGAAUGGCCGCGGUGGAAAGGGUGUCACGGUGGGUGCAAUUGACCGGAUGGACACCCAUCCCCGGUACGCAGAAUCGUGCUCGGCGCAGUUGGUGGUGGCCUACAGCAGCGGCCAUGGACACGGGCUCUACUCGACAGACAACGGGGAUCAGUGUUUCUCUCUUCAUAGCGGCACCUCAGCGGCGGCACCUCUGGCGGCGGGUGUACUUGCAUUGGCUCUGAGCGUGCGUCCGGAGCUGACCUGGCGCGAUGUGCAAUAUCUCCUGGUCGAAUCUGCUGUCCCAGUACAUACCUCUGAUGGCAGUUGGCAGGAUACAGCGGGUGGACGGCUGUUCAGCCACGACUGGGGAUAUGGCAAGCUGGACGCAUAUGCUCUAGUUUCAAAGGCUCGCAGCUGGGAGCUGGUGAAACCGCAAGCAUGGCUUCAUUCAGCAUGGCAAGAGGUGGACCAGGAGAUCGCCGAGGGCCAUCAAGGACAGUCCAGUUACUAUGAGGUGUCUUCGGAGAUGCUACGAACGGCGAAUCUGGCGCAGCUAGAGCAUGUCACGGUCACUAUCAAUGUCAAUCACACCAGCCGUGGGGAUCUCAGCGUGGAACUGGUCAGCCCAAGUGGCAUCGUCAGCUAUCUGAGCACGUCCCGAAUGCCUGACCAGCAUAGAACGGGCUAUCAGGAUUGGGAGUUCAUGUCUGUUGCGCACUGGUAUCUUCCCUUUCCUGCUCCACGUCUGCCACAGAUAACUGAUCAUAUUAGGGGCGAGUCCGGCGUCGGAACAUGGCGAGUUAUUGUCAAGGACACCAAUGUAAAUGGCCACACAGGUACAUUCAUCAACUGGCGACUGAACCUCUGGGGAGAGGCCAUGGAUGGCUCCAAUCAAUCACUUCACCCAUUCCCCGGUGAACCCAUGGAGUACAGAACAGAGGUUGCUGUCAUCAACCCUCCAACACCUGCCGUGAUUCAUCCACCUGGUGAUUGGGGAUCUUUCACUUCAUACCCAGCCUCUAGGCCAUGGAGACCACCAGCAAUAUUGGUUUUGGGCACGCUACUUACGCUGCUAGCACUCUGCAGUACCCUUGUAUGUCUAGCGUGUAACUGUCUACUAGCACAGUGA